AUACCAACUCCACAGUUAUAGCACUUAUAAUUCUAAUUCUCCGUUAUGGCGUAUUGUGAUACAUAAAUAUGAAUGUCAUAGCAGAGUGGAUAGUGAAUAACAAUGAUGUCUGCGAAUGAAGUUAGGAAUUUGGCAAUAACUCCUAAUUCAGUUUGAGUACGUGUAAUACGCAUAAAUGCCUUCGUCGGCUAGUUUUGGUAGAGAAAUUGGUAGAGUUGCGAGACAUCUGUUUUGUCAGGAAACUUUUUAGUAUACACGCAAGGAUCCUGGAUAUAUCACUGAAACUUGCAAAGGAGACCAUUUCAGAUAUACCGAACCUUGGUUGUGCCUUCCAGAGCCCACUCGAUCCAGUAGCGUGGAAUAUCGGACACAUUCGAUUCAGAUUCGUCCUACAAACUUGAGAAUAGUGGCAUGACACCUCGGUGACUUUUAACAGUGUACAUCUAUCUCUUUAGGAUAUCUGAUGCACUAUGACAGCCACACCUUCUAUGGCGAAUUGUUCAGAUAUGGAGUAUGGGGAUUGUACUAAUUACACCGAAGUCAACAUGAAUACAACCGAAAUGACUCGGCCCUUCAUCCCUGCUGCUAUAAACUGGCCACGGAUCACAAUACUCUCCUGUGUCAUGAUUUUCGGCAUUUUAGCCAAUGGAUCGCUUAUUUUCAUCGUCCUGAAGAACAGCUUUCUUCGGAAGACGCAAAAUAUUCUAUUCGUCAAUCUCAUGGUCGGGGAUCUCGUGUGUCUGCUUAUCAAUGUCCCUUUUGUAAUCGAGUACGAAUUAAUGCAGGGUAACACGAAUGUGAGGGGCGAUUUCAUGUGCAAAUUCACGACCGCCUCAUUGAUCAUGAGCGCAUGCGUCGUGGUGUACUCUUUGGUGGCGCUGUCCAUUGAGCGCUACCAGAAAAUCGCCGAUCCAUUCAACCGUUGCGGAGAAACUUGCUGCUCGGGUUCUUUUCGAAGAUGUUCAAUACACUCAAAUGGAUUGAUUAUCGCUGCAAUAUGGAUCUGCUCCUUCAUCGUGGCAGCUCCCGUAAUAGUUUUGGCCGAGUACAAAAUAAAUGGUUGUAAAUGGAUCGCUCACCAUACGGAUACAGCCAAAAUAUACAAGGUCUUUCGCGCCGUGACGACGUUUAUAAUACCUUUUAUCAUGAUUGUAACGGUCCACAUUAUCAUAGCAUGUACACUUUUAAAAAGUAUCCGAGAUCCUGUCGUAAGGAAUUCUGAAUUAAACCGCUCUUUGAACGGCAGUGGUCGUCAGAACAGGCGACGGAGCCCCCGAAUCCGAUCUCGUGUCAAGAUCGCUGUGGUGGUAACCGUUCUCUCGGCCAUGUUUUUUGUUGCCCAGUUGCCAGGCACCAUUGUCAACAUCUUGUUUGAGUUUAAAUCUAGUUUGAUUCAUUCACCAUCCUUCGUUGCAUUUUAUCGCUGGGCUCGGAUUCCGUUUUACGUUUUGUGUUGUUUUAACCCGAUUAUGAUGUACAUCUUGAGCUCGCGUUUCAGAAAACAACUUAUUCUUGAUUGCUGUUUUCCAUGCAGGUCUCCCUUUUUUCGCAGAAUUUCUAUGAGGCUGAGCCAACGAACAACAUCAGAACAAUUGCAACUUGAACCGAAAUGAAGUCUUAAAAAUUCCCGAAAUUUAAAGUGGCAACCCACCACGUGCCCACACUGAUGCUAUUGCAGUAUUUGUAUUAUUUAUUUAUUUCUCACUAUUAAAUAGUGACGAUAAUUAUUAUAAAAUGAUUGAUUGAG